CUCCUCCUCUUCACCUCCAGCGCCCAGCUGCUCGCGCAGCGCAGUUCCGACCCACAGCCUGGCACCCUUCGGCGAGCGCUGUUUGUUUAAGGCUCGGAACUAGAAGUUAGCUUGGAGAGGCGCCGGACCGUGGAUGGCCUUGACUGACGGCGGCUGGUGCCUGCCGAAGCGCUUCGGGGCCGCGGCUGCCGACGCCAGCGACUCCGGAGCCUUUCCAGCGCGGGAGCCCUCCACGCCGCCUUCCCCCAUCUCCUCUUCUUCCUCCUCCUGCUGCUCCCGGGGUGGGGAGCGUGGCCCCGGCGGCGCCAGCAACUGCAGGACGCCUCAGCUCGAUACGGAGGCAGCGGCGGGACCCCCGGCCCGCUCGCUGCUGCUCAGCCCAUACGCCUCGCAUCCCUUCGGGGCUCCCCACGGACCUUCGGCGCCCGGGGUCGCAGGCCCCGGGAGCGCCCUGUCGAGCUGGGAGGACCUACUGCUCUUCACUGACCUCGACCAGGCCGCGACAGCCAGCAAGCUGCUGUGGUCCAGCCGCGGCGCCAAGCUGAGCCCAUUCGCCCCCGAGCAGCCCGAGGAGAUGUACCAGACCCUCGCCGCCCUCUCCAGCCAGGGGCCGGCCGCUUACGACGGCGCGCCCGGCGGCUUCGUGCACUCGGCAGCCGCCGCCGCAGCGGCCGCGGCCGCGGCCAGCUCCCCAGUCUACGUGCCCACCACCCGCGUAGGCUCCAUGCUACCGGGCCUGCCGUACCUGCAGGGGGCGGGCAGCGGGCCCGCCAACCACGCGGGCGGCGCCGGCGCGCACCCCG